AUGAUAGAAGCAGAAGCAGAAACUCUGUCAAACAUAAAUGACAAUGAAAGACUUACAACACCACCUGAGGGAGAGGAAUAUUUCACUGAUGAAGACAGAACUAAGUACAAAUGGAAUCGAAAUCUUAGAGCUUGGGUUUCUCAGAUAACUGAGGAAUAUACUCCAGAAGAUAUGCCUUUUCAGCUAGAAGAGGAGGCCUUUCCAACAAAUUCUGAUGAUCUAUCAGCUAAGGAAGUGGAUAAUGUUGCCAGUGAAGCAGAAGCAAAGCAGAAUGGCAAAAGAAAGUUGCCCGAGAAAACUGCUGAUAUUAAAUGUUUGACUAUUUGUUCUCUUAUUUAUAAUGCUACAAAAUCUUUGGCAUUUUACUUGCAACAUUACCUUUGUCAGUACAGUCCCUCAGCUUUACCAGCUCCUGUCAGAUGUGAAAGACAUAAAUUAAGCCAGGAUUCCCCUUCUCGCAAUCUGUCUAUGCCUCAUCCUUGUUUUAAACUUUCUGUACAAGUUCUGGUGGACUCCAGUUCAUUUGCAACGUGUAAUGCAGACUAUGCAGUCGCAGUGUCUCAAAGAGAUUAUCAACAUGAAGAAGGAAGUUGUAAGAUACAACAUAAAAUGGGGAAACAAGACAUCAGAGGCCCUACUUACAAAUUCUUUUUUGGAAAUACCGAAGAGAUCUCCAAGAAGAAGGCGAAUUCCUUGAGUAGCCCAAUGGACUUAUCACAUGACGUAUUCCCAAGAAUUAUGCCUCACAUUCAUUCAUGGAUCAAAACUUAUGGAAAUAUAUUUAUUUUCUGGAACGGGUCUAAAGCUGAAUUAGUUGUUACACAACUGGAGCUUGUCAAAGAAAUAUACAACAACAAUCAUACUUACCCAAGACGACUUGAAGAUAAAUAUUUCAAAAAGCUGACAGGAGAGAGUAUUGUAGCAAGUGAUGGUGAAAAAUGGGCAAAACUACGAAAAGUGGAAAAUCAGGCAUUCCAUGCAGAAAACUUAAAGAAUAUGACUCCGGAAAUGAUUGAAAGCGUCAAGACGAUGCUGGAAAGGUGGAAAAAUUAUGAAGGAAGAGAGAUAGAUGUUUGUGAUGAGUUCAGACAGUCAACAGCAGAAGUAAUUUCAAGGACUGCAUUUGGAAGCAGUUAUGAAGUGGGGGAACAAGUUUUCCGGAUGUUAACAAAGUUGGCAAUCAUAUUUACCAGAAAUGCGUAUAAGAUAAGGUUUCCCAUUAUCAGUGAACUUUUCAAAUAUGGUGAUGAAACAGAAUCAGAGAAGAUUGAAAAAGAAAUUCGAGAAAUUAUUCUGCAGGUUAUUAAGGAAAGGGAGAAAGUAGCAGUCGAUGCACAAAUCUUUGGAACGGAUCUUCUUGGAUUACUUUUGAAGGCUAGAUAUGAUUCCUCUGGAGGAAAUAAUAUGUCAGUGGAUCAAAUUAUUGAUGAAUGCAAGACAUUCUAUGGUGCUGGACAAGGAACAACAGCAGCUUUGCUUUCAUGGACUGUUCUUCUUUUAGCUAUCCACUCGGACUGGCAAGAAAAAGCUCGUGACGAGGUGUUAAAAGUAAUCGGUCAGCAACAACCAAAUUCAGACAACCUACCAAGACUAAGAACGAUGAACAUGAUAAUUCACGAGGUUUUAAGACUAUAUCCUCCAGUUCCAUUCAGUGAAAGGAAAACUAAGAAGGAGACCAGAUUGGGGAAGCUUAUUCUUCCAGCCAAUGUAAAACUCUAUGUGCCAAUCUUAGCACUUCAUAGGGAUCCUGAAAUAUGGGGUGAAGAUGCAAAUCUCUUCAAACCUGAAAGAUUCACAAAAGGGAUANAUCUCUUCAAACCUGAAAGAUUCACAAAAGGGAUAGUUGGAGCUACCAACAACAAUCUAGCAGCAUUUUUACCAUUUGCCUUGGGACCUCGAACGUGUCUAGGCAUGAACUUUGCCAUAAACCAAACCAAGAUUACACUGUCAAUGAUUUUGCAACGUUAUGCAUUCACACUUUCGCCUAAAUAUAUUCACUCUCCGAUUCAUUCUAUGACUCUUCGUCCCGAACAUGGUGUUCAGGUGUUGCUGCAUGCUCUCUGA